AUGCGGAAAAAGAUUGCAUCAAAAUUGUCCCCAUCCCCCUCUUGCGCCUCAACCAGCUUUGUCUUCAAAUGGAAUAACGUAUCUCCUAAUAAAGUCAAUUGUUUUAUUUGGCGGGCAUUACAAAAGAAGAUCCCUUCAGCGGUGGCGUUACGAUCUCGUGGUAUUGACCUCACGACGAUUACAUGCGGUGCAUGCAUCAAUGAAUCCGAGUGUGCAGAUCAUAUACUACUUCUAUGCCUAUUUGCUCGUUCUAUUACUGAUAAAAUCCUUUCUUGGUGUGGUGUGCAACAUAACUCAUUCACAUCUGUGGGUGAACUGUUGGAAUAUGCAAACAGAUGGGGUCGAAAUUUGAAGAUGAGAAAGAGAUUCAUCACCAUAUGUCAUGGACUUAUCUGGAACUUAUGA